GCCGCCCGGACACCGAGCGGAUCCGGAUCCCUGCGCCGCUGCCACCGUCGUCAGCGGGGCCUACUCAGCCGCGGUCGGAGUCCCGGCUCCCCGGGGGAGGCCGCGGGGGGAGGGGCGGUCCGGGAGCCGACGCGGGGAGGCGGCACCAUGACCGGGCGCGGCCACAACAAGCUGCCCACGACCGAGCGCAUCGUGAAGGCUGUCCCAUUUCCUCCCACGCAGCGGCUCACACUGAAGGAAGUGUUUGAGGAUGGAAAGCCCAGGCUUGAUGUCUUGAAAAGCCACUUGGUGAAGGAAGGGCGGCUAGAAGAGGAUGCAGCGUUGAAGAUAAUCAAUGAUGGGGCUGCCAUUCUGAGGCAUGAGAAGACAAUGAUUGAAGUAGAGGCUCCAAUCACAGUGUGUGGUGACAUUCACGGGCAGUUCUUUGACUUGAUGAAGUUGUUUGAAGUUGGAGGAUCACCCAAUAACACCCGCUACCUCUUCCUGGGAGACUACGUGGACAGAGGCUACUUCAGUAUAGAGUGUGUGCUGUAUUUAUGGAGUUUAAAGAUAAAUCAUCCCAAAACGCUGUUCCUGCUUCGAGGGAACCAUGAAUGCAGGCAUCUCACAGAAUACUUCACCUUUAAACAGGAAUGUCGAAUCAAAUAUUCGGAGCGAGUGUAUGAUGCAUGUAUGGAUACAUUUGACUGUCUUCCUCUUGCCGCCCUCCUAAACCAGCAGUUCCUGUGCGUCCAUGGAGGACUGUCUCCAGAAAUCACAUGUCUAGAUGACAUUAGGAAAUUAGACAGGUUUAAAGAGCCUCCAGCCUUUGGUCCGAUGUGUGACCUACUCUGGUCUGAUCCAUCAGAGGAUUACGGCAAUGAGAAGACGCUAGAGCAUUUCACUCACAACACUGUUCGAGGCUGUUCCUAUUUCUACAGUUACCCUGCAGUCUGUGAAUUUUUGCAAAACAAUAGUUUGUUAUCUGUAAUCCGAGCUCAUGAAGCCCAGGAUGCUGGGUACCGAAUGUACAGGAAGAGCCAGACGACAGGCUUUCCAUCUCUAAUCACAAUCUUCUCUGCACCAAAUUACCUAGAUGUGUAUAACAACAAGGCUGCUGUGCUGAAAUAUGAAAACAAUGUCAUGAACAUCAGACAGUUCAACUGUUCUCCACACCCCUACUGGCUUCCAAACUUCAUGGAUGUCUUCACAUGGUCUUUACCUUUUGUAGGGGAAAAGGUCACAGAGAUGCUGGUCAACAUCCUCAACAUAUGCUCUGAUGAUGAGUUGAUUUCAGAUGGUGAUGAAACUUUGGAAGAUCACUACAUUUCAAGCUAUCAGAAAGCAGGCACAACAGUCCGUAAAGAGAUAAUCAGGAAUAAGAUCAGAGCCAUUGGGAAGAUGGCGCGUGUUUUUUCAGUUCUCCGAGAGGAGAGUGAGAGCGUGCUGACUCUCAAAGGCCUGACUCCCACAGGUACUCUGCCCCUGGGAGUCCUCUCAGGGGGAAAGCAGACUCUACAGACUGCCACAGUAGAAGCGGUAGAGGCACGGGAAGCCAUCCGUGGAUUUUCACCGCAGCACAAGAUCCGCAGCUUCGAAGAAGCCAGAGGGUUGGACCGCAUUAACGAACGCAUGCCGCCACGCAAAGAUUCAAUUCACCCAGACGGGCCGGUGAACUUGGUAACCUCGACAAACUCUGCGGAGAAGAACGGCACAGGGAAGAAAGCUUAGUAAUGGUUCUGAUGCCUAAUCUGCACCACUAAAGGAUCCAAAACUUAAUGAAUUUUAUUUAUUUAUUAUUGGGGUGGGAUAGGGAUGGGGAGGAAUAAACUUAACCUGGAGGCACGUUCAUAAUCCAGUUUGCAUCCAUUCUGUAAGAAAGGUGACCAUUUUGUAAUUUUUUAAUUUAUGUUCAGUAUAUAAAAAGUCCAUCUUUUUUUUAAUUUAGAAACCAAUCUAAUUGCUAGUGAAUAUAUGAAGUGUUGUGCUGUACAGCUGACCUCUCCCCCACAGAAGGGAAACCUCUGAGGAUUUAAAAAAAAAAAAAAAAAGGCUCAGUCCCAAGCAACUUCGAUUUUUGACUUUGGUACAGUUUUAAAUUAGCCUGUGCUUUCAAAAGCAGCAUCUUUAAUUUUAAAACAUGUUUUCACAACUGUCUUCACGGAGUUUGCUGUUAUUUUCUUCAACUUUUAUUGUCUAGCUCAUCUGCUGCUUUAGCGAUUGAUUUUGUGGAAGAUGGCAUGCUGCAUGGUGCGACUGGCUCAGACCCAGCCUUCUCUUUUUGGAAGACUUUAUCCUAGGUGGUGAUAAAGUGGAUAGUUCAGAUUCCAGCUGGGGUGUUGGAUUAUCUCUUGGGGAUAAGGGUGUGAAUUUUCCAAUACUAGUAUAUUUUUCUUCAGGAUUCCAAUUUAUUCCAAUAGAACAAAAAACCUCUUAAAAUGACCUGGAAAGUGACCAUGGGAAAGCAUCCCCUCUAGUCGCCAUUCUUUCUAAAGCGUCUGGUUUUCAGACUCUGAAGCAAACCAUUUGCAUGGUUCCAUCAGUACAGAUGAUGCUUCAAGUGCAUCUAAACGUUCUUUACAGAACACUGCAUUUUGAUUUGUAGUCCGUUGAAACAGGAGUAGGUCAGUGCACACUAGGGAACAUUUAGUGCACAAUAUCAAUGUCCAUGUAGCCAAUUAGUAGUGCACUAGGAUUUACACUCUAGCUUGCUACGCACUGUCUUGACAAGCCCUUGGUGUUGGUGUUGCCACAGGCAGUAGCAGCAGGAACGAAUGAACACACACACCCUCCCCAGCAUAAGGGAUUAGGCGAGCAAGAACCUAGUCACUAGUGGAGAUAUGGAUAGUGUAUGCUGUAUGGAAAAUGGUGAGCCAUCCAGGGAACAUCAGUGACUCCAUUUGAAAGAUGGAGUAAUUUUCGUGGGCUCUGAUAGAUGGGAUGGGGAAGGAUUGGUGAUUCAUAAUGAUUAUUGCCCCUCUUCCCCUAAAUAUCUGUGCUGUUGAAUGGUUAGUGCAGAGAGGGACUUGUGAAACAUGUACGUUCUUGGAAACAUCAUCUGUGUCCUUUGCUUGUACUGAGGAGGCUAACUUUUAGAAGAGGAAAGUGGCUUGGAGAACUCAGUGGAUCUGGGCUGGAGGUUCUUGAAGGCUGUUUGUAUAGUAUAUCUCUUAGUGAGUUGGGGGAAAGGAGAUCUCUUUAGGGGAUGGUGGGUUUCUACUAUAAAUGCAGCACUGGGGAUGCCAAAAGAAUGGCCUCUAUACAUUGCAAAGAGUACAUUGUGUUUUGAAGUUGGAAUCUAAGCAACGUACCCAGUCUGGUUCAUUUACUUAUUCAGACUUUGCCUGAAUCCAGUUUUGAAACAGACCUUGAAAAAUCCAAACCUGGUUGCUUAUUUUUACGAAAUGCAAACUCCUCUCUUUCUGCCUUUCCCAUAUUGGUCAUUUUAGCUGAAUCCCCUCCUGCUUAUUACAUUGCAUCAAAGCAGCAUCACUCAAAUGCUAGUCCUUGGCUGCUUUUUGCUCCCCUUCCCACUUGAACAAAUGUAUGACAUUUCCUAGUGCCACCAAGCAGAUGAGACAGAUGAGCAGAGUUAAACUCUACCCUCUGGGUGAUCCAUGCACCCUGUUCUUUAUUUUGUCUUGAAGCCCCUUGACGUUACUAUUUUCCCUUCAUGCUGUGGGCAUAGUCUUUGAUUCCAGUCCCAGAGGAAGGCAGCUGCUUCACAGGAAUCUUUUAAAUUGUCACUUCUAAUGCUGUGUCACAAACUUAAUUUCAUACUAGUUAUUUAGGACACUGCAUCUGAGCAGAAAGGGGUUUUAGCGAUGGACUCUUAAAGUCACGUGUCACCAUUUUUUUUUACAUGACUGCCGCCUUGUGAAAGUGAGUGUUUUUGGAAGGCUUGUCUUUUCUUACUCCAUGUGGGGCAAAGGGUCCCUCUUGAUAGCCCUUUUCUUUCUGUGGCAUCUGUUCCAAAGCAGGAAUAGACCUAAACAUUGCAUCUUCCUUGAAAAACUGGCUGGUUGUGCAGUGUGCUACCCUAGUGUGUAGUGCACACACUCUGACUUGGCUGAGAUCUUCUCUGAGCAGCAUCUCUGGUUCAAGAGCCAUGUGACAGGCACCAGAAUUAGAUGAAUCUGUCCCUCCUUAGGGGUUAGUGCAGGGGUCCCCAACACGGUGCCCGCGGGCGUCUUAAGUGCACCCGCAUACUGGCCAGCGAAC